UGGUUCUCCAUAAUAUGUAAUAAAAAUUUUAAUACUAUUUUUAAAUACCUAUUUUCUCAUUUCAGUCAGUCAGUCAUAAGCAGUAUUCCAAGUAGUCUGGUUAAUUUUAUUGAGAAACAAUAUUGUUUCAUUGUAAAUAAAUAAAGACAUUCGUGUUAAACAGCCCGUGUGGAGUUUGAAUAGUAGAGUGGAACCGCCUGAAGUUGAUUGGUCGAGAACAACACUCAAGAACGUAUGAGUUUCACUCAAUAUAUCCCAGGCAGCUGAUUAACUCGCCCUGAAGAGGGCGGCUCUUUGUCCUUACAGAUAAGAUACAUAGGAUAUGUUCUCGAUUCAGUGAAUGAUUGCUGGGUUUCAGAAGAGGGCGGGUCACUGUGUCCAGUGUUUCCCCACAGAUUCAAACAUUUUUCCUCGAGCAAAACGAGCUCCGAAGAGGAACUGGAGGUAGAGAGGUGGUACGUAGUAAUGAUCAGCACCAUGGAAUGCGCCGUGGACACGCAAAGUCUGAUCUCAAUUUCCUUAAUCAAAAUCCACAAUUCCAGGACGCAAAGAGGGGGGAUCAAGCUGCACAAAAAUCUGCUCGUGUCCUAUGUGCUGAGGAACGCCAGACAGGUCUACAUCAAGGAGAAAUAUGCAGAGAUUUACAGGAUGCAGCACUACGAGGAGGUGAUGAGGGUCUGUAACGAGAUCCAGGAGCUAGACACGUCGGAUUUUAACGCAGAGGACAGGGGAGACGAGGAACAAGCGCGAGUUGCUUGCUGUGGUGAACAAACAAGCGUGUGCGUCUCCUCUUGCUACCGUGGCGCGGCGGGGCCAACGGCGCAUUGUCGGGCAACGAGCGCCUCCCCUGGCUGCAGUCCUUUCGAGGAGGGCAGCAAACAAUUGGAGAACACUUUCUGUCGAAGCUGCUGCAUGGAUGAUUCCCUUGUGCCACAUUGUAGUCAGUUCCCUGGAAACAGCAAUACGCAUUGUAGCACAACCACAGUGCUGGAUUUGGAUACACAUGUGGUGACCACGGUGGAGAAUGGCUAUUUGCAUCAAAACUGCGGCUGUGAUGCGCGCCAGCUCCGCUGUGGCGCAAAGUCUCCGGCAAAGAAACUCAAAGUUGAGUUUGGUUGUUGUGCAUCCGAUGCAGAUGAAGCACCCAAUGUUACAGCGUCUCUGAAACGGGCGAAACACGAGGACUGGCCCUUCCCUAACACGGACUACAUGGACACUUCCAAUAUAUUCAACCUGAUCUCCAUCUUUGGCUCGGGGUUUUCAGGACUGCUGAACAGACAAGCGGACUUGGAGAAGAUCUGUAGAAAACAAGCCCUCGCCAGUCUAAGCGCAUGGACUCGGGCCAUUGAGGCAUUUUGAAUGGGAGGGAUAGGGGUUAUUCAAAACGAAGCCAAUCACUAUUUGGUGCUGUCUUGUUCUGUUAACAAGGCACUGUCCUUUGGUUUAAAGCUCUACAGCAUAUUGGUUGAAAAAUAUGUCAUUUAUGGAUGCUUACUGGCACUUUCAAUGCACACUCCAUGAAUUACAAUACCCACAAACUUAUCAAGAAACACACGACCUUAAAACAAGGUCUUGUCCUUCUAACGUUUUAGUAAAUAUAAAUAAAUGGUUUUGUUGCAAACAGACUGGGAACUUACUGUUUCCCAUCCUUCUGUUACUAAUAGAGCCUUUUAUUUGGGUCAGAUGUAGCAUGGUAAGCGUUUGAUGAACUCAUCACCUGUAAAGAAGGUGCUAUUUGGAAAUAUUUUUUGGGAUAAGAACAAUUGUUUUUUGUUUUUGUGUAACAAAUCACACACCCAUAAUAGCCACCAACAACAAUCCCAUUUUACAAUACAGCAUGGUUAACAACACCAUCUACAAUAUUAUCAUGUCUCAGUAGUUAAGCAGUGGGCCUGUUUUAUGUCAUUUGGAGAAAAACGUGUCCAGAUUUAUAUAAUGUAAAAUAAUACCCUAAAGCACACUUGUGUCUUGAAAAUCAUUCAUGUGGCCUACAUGAGUAGGACAUGCCCAGUACAAAUGGUGGUAUUUGAUUGUUUGAGUAGUUUUUGAUUGUCUCCCCAUUAAUAACCACAGUUUUGAGGCAGAGAAUAAAGGGUUGAUGACAUAUGUAUAAUGUGCAGACUUUUCUGAUUUCAGAAUGGGAGCACACAUGAAAUCUUAUGGAAUAGACUGACUUAUGUUGCCUUAAACCCAAUGUACACUGCACACAUUGUUAUAAACCAAAAGCAGCCUACAGUGGAAGUGACUGAAUGUUAGAAGAAAGCCAUGCAUACACUGAGCAGUUUAUUGAUGAUUAAAAGUCAUGUGAAACACUUUUAUAACCCUUUCACAUUGAAUAGAUUCUCAGACCAGGGUCAACCAGUGAAAGCACGGCAAAAGCAACCCGCCUUUGGUGUGCUUUCAAUAAAUUGGCGGGUCGACGCUGUAUUCCUCUUCACAUCAAAGCCGAACUGAAUCAGGACGAUGACAUCUCGGACCAACUGCCAGGUCAAAUGUGGUCCCGGGUUUUUUGUGUAGUGUGAAAGGGUUUUUUUUGUUUUUCAGGCUUUACAUGGAUCCUUAACUAGCAACACUUUUUAAAAUUUUUAUUUAUGUUAUUUAUUUAUUUAAUUUUUUUUUUAUGUUGGAAACCAGUGUACCUGGGCUAAUUUCUGUCAGUUUCAAAUCCUCUCUCAAUCAUGGUUAUUCCUCCAAAUCUUUCCUUGCGAUUUAUAAUUUCAACUCAGUUUUGUGGUGGCCGUGCUGAAAAAACAUGCAGUCCUUUUGUUUUAAAAAGGCCAGCUGACAAUUCAGCCAUAACCUGAGAAUCCAUGUGUUUGGUUUUUGGACACUGUGUGUAUCAAACUAAAGAGAUCAUUCAGCCAUUCUUAAUUUGUUGUUAUUUUUGUAUUUUUGUGCUUAAAAAUUGUAUAUCACCGGGGGAAAAAGUCUCAAAUUUAUAAUCUUAAUAAAAAAUAAACUGCUUAAA